UUUUGUAAUAAGGGGAUUCCCCCUGUUCUUUGUCCACUUAAAAAAACUGUGAUUCCCCCUCGUUAGUCUGAAGCAGGUCAGUGAGACAAAGGGUAAAGUACUGUUUCUAUUUCUGUGCGCAGUGUGUGGUUGUAGUGUGUUAAGUGGCAGAAUAUAAGUAGUGAGAUAACUCAAGUUUGACCCAACAUACUUGGAAUAUAUUGGGGAUAUACAGACAAAAUGGCAGACACGAGUGAGGACGAUACAGAAUGUGGACCAUCCACUCCAAAGAAAAAACCUAAAACAACAUUCACGAAAAUUAAAGGGAAGUCAAGAUUGCAAAAGUACAGAAAAGAGUGGGAAUCAGAUAAAGAAGUUAGUACAUGGCUAGCACCUGAUUUAAAAGACUGUUACAAGGCAAUGUGCAAAAUUUGCAAUUGUAAAAUAAAAGCUGACAUUACAAAUAUAAAGUGUCACGGGAAAAGUUCACGACAUAUAAAACUCUCAAGUGCCUCCACAGAAAAAAGUAAACAAAGCCUUCAUUUUUAUCUCCAGAAAGAAAGUAAUGCCACAAUCGAUGUGCAGGUAAAAGAAGCUGAAAUAAAACUCGCUGCUGCAUUUGCAGCUCACAACUUGCCUUUUUCUGUAAUGGAUCACCUACAAGAAGUACUAAAGGGAUGUUUUCCCGACUCCAAAAUAGCACAGUCCAUACAAAUGAAACGCACUAAAACCACUGCUGUUAUAAAAAAUGUUAUUGGAGACAGUCAUAAAAACAUUUUGGCAGAUCAACUUCAUGAUUCAAAGUUCUCAAUUUUGACAGAUGAAUCUACAGACAUCAGCUGUGUGAAGACGUCUUGCAUCAUUGUACGCUUUUUCGAUGAUAUUGAAGGAAGAGUCGUCAGCAGAUUUUGGGAACUAAUUCAAGUGUUCGAGCCCAGUGAUGCUGAAAGUGUUGAAAAAGGAGCAACUGCGCAGCAUCUGUAUGCAAAAAUAGUAGAAAGCUUUCAGAAGGUAAACAUUCCACUAAUUAAUGUCAUUGGGUUCGGGUCGGAUGGCUGCAACACAAUGAUGGGCGAAAAAAACUCUGUUGCUAGUCGUUUCAGAGAAGCUUGCCCUGGGAUUGUCAUAAUGAAAUGCAUAUGCCAUUCACUACACUUGUGUGCUAGUACAGCAUGCAAGGCUCUUCCAAGGAGAUGUGAAGAUUUGGCAAGAAACAUACAUGGGUUUUUAAAGAAUAGCAGUAAACGACAGUGCCAAUUGGCAACAUUUCAAACAUUUCUUAACAUGGAUGUACAUAAAAUGCUUCAUCCAUCUCAGACUCGUUGGUUAUCAUUGUUGAUGGUUGUAGAAAGACUUUUAGAAAACUGGGAACCACUUCGCCUUUUCUUCAUCGACAGGUGGUUAGGAGAACACCUUGUGAGUGCUGAACAAAUUAACCAGUGUUUGAAUGAUCCAUUUAUAAAAUCGUUCUAUCUCUUCCUUGGCUGGGUACUUCCAAAAAUUGUCAAUUUGAAUAAGUACUUUCAGUCACAGAGAGUUUUAAUCACAUCUUUGCACGACCAGAUGACUAUAACAUAUCAAGACCUUCUAACAACAUAUAUGAAAAGAGAAUAUGUAAUGAAAGAGUCACUACAAGACAUAAAGCCAGAUGACUCCAGAAAUUUUGUACCCUUGCAUCAAUUGUACCUGGGAGUUGGAGUAAUGAGUCAGUUACAGAAGAAAGAAGUCAUAAGUAAUCCAGAGCUUGUAGAAGACCUGAAGGUCAAAUGUAGGACUUUCCUAGUAACUCUUUGCACAGAAAUAAAGAAGAGAUAUGAUUUUUCAAGUGAAAUAAUGGCAUUCUUAUCGGUUUUCAAUCCAAAAAAUUCUUUGUCACAAAAAGCAAGAGAGAACACCUCUUCCCUACUACCACUGGCAUUAAAACUACCAAGAAUCGCUCCAGAUAAACUUCAAGACAUGGAUGAUGAGUGGCGUCUCCUUCCUUUGCACUCACUGCCCGACGAUAUUUCAUCAUGCUCAGAUGUGGACGAGUUUUGGAACAAGGUGCGAAAACAUAAAAACAGCGCAGGGGAAAUUGUUUUCAAAGUACUUCCAAAAUUUGUGCUGAAUGCAGUCUCGAUCCCCCACUCUAAUGCUGACUGUGAACGUAUAUUCAGCAAAGUGAAUUUGAUUAAAACGAAACAAAGAAACAAAUUAAUCACUCCAACUUUAAAUGGCAUACUGCUAGCUAGCGAGUGUGUCAAAAAAUCCGAAUCGUGUUGCCAUAAUUUUAGGCCAACACCAGACAUGGUUAAUCGAAUGACAAAUGCAAAUGUUUAUGCAGACCUGCAACCACAGACAUCAAACCAACUACAUGUCACUGCUGAAGACGAUUUCUCUUUUGGUGACUGAACGUCCCACAAAUAUUCCCUGAACUUUCUAUAAAUUGUUAAACA